UUCCACAACCUUCUGUUCUUCUUCUUCCUCAUCAUCCCUUUCUCAGAAACAGGGGACCUUCUCUGCAAAAGCCCAAGAACUCUGAGAGCCCAACAGUUAGCCCUGAUGGGUCUCUUCAGAUCCAAACCCAACUCCUCUUCUCUCAACACCAAGCUCCUGCUCCUCUCCCUCUUCCUUGCUUUCCUCCUCUUCAUUGCUCUCAGAUCAAACUUCUCAUUCUCCUCCCCGACACCAACAUCCCCAAGAACAGCCACAGAAGCAGAAGCAACAGACAUAUCAUCAUCAUCUUCUUCUUCUUCUCCUUCUUCUUCUUCAGCACCGGCAACAUUAACAGAGUCAUCAUCUGCAACAACAUCAUUGAUCUCGUCAUCGCCAGAAGAGAAAACAGAGUGCCCCCCACCAACUGAUCAGCCAUGCACCAAGCUCCCGGCCUCGGUGAUGGAGGUCCUCGUUCACUACGCCACCUCCAACAUAACCCCGCAGCAGACCCUCAAGGAGGUGUCCGUCACCUCCAACGUCCUCCAGAAGAAGGGCCCCUGCAACUUCCUGGUCUUCGGCCUCGGUCGCGACAGCCUCCUCUGGAGCACCCUCAACCAUGGCGGCCGCACCGCCUUCCUGGAGGAAGACGAGUCCUGGAUACGGAUGGUCACGAAGGAGCGGCCCGGUCUGGAGGUGUACCACGUCGGGUACGACACCAAGGUGAGCGACGCCGACGAGCUUCUGAAACUGGGGCUCCAGGAAGAGUGCACCUCUGUGACAGACCCCAGAGAAUCUGGUUGCAGGCUUUCCCUGAAGGGUCUCCCUGAUCAGAUCUAUGAGGUGCAGUGGGACUUGAUCAUGGUGGACGCCCCAACUGGGUACCACGAGAACGCACCGGGGAGGAUGACCGCCAUUUACACGGCUGGUCUGAUGGCCAGGAACAGGAAAGAUGGCGGAUCCACAGACGUGUUUGUCCAUGAUGUGAACAGGGCUGUGGAAGACAAGUACUCCAUGGCCUUUCUCUGCGAGUGGUACAUGAAGCAACAGGAGGGCAGACUCAGGCACUUCACCAUCCCCAGCCAGAGGACCAAUCUGGGGAGCUUCUGUCCUUGAAUUUUUUUUUUUUUCUUGCCCUUGAUGUCUCACUUGCAGAUUCAAUUUUUCUUUUGGUGGGGAGGUGGUUCUGCUGCAACUGCUUCUCCAAUGGCUGCUGUAAAGUAGCAAGUUCUUUUUUUACUCUUUUUUCACAGUUGACAUGAUCAUGGAUGGAGGAUUCAUGCAAUGCAUAAGACAUACAUAUAUACAGAUGCAGAUGUAUAUAUUACACAGAUAAUGUUACGAUUUGUGCUUAUAUGCAUGCGUGUGUGUAGGUAUGCAUCUGCCUAUGUCUCUGUCUAUGUCCAUGGCAUAAGAUAUGGAGAGCUAUUUCAAGGGUCCUCCUGACAUCAAAUAACAAUGUUACUCUUCAGGUUUGGGAGACGGUGUUAAGCCA